AAUUUCGUUCAGUUGCGUUCAGUUUUAUAGUGUGUGCGGUCGACCGGUGUACGCCGGCUCACAAAUUGAAACGCACAAUCACCUCUAGCUACAAAACUUGUGUAAUAAUAAUAACAAAUAGAAAAAGACGAGAAAUCUGCUUACAUAAGCAUAACAGUAAUUUUGUGCGAGUGUGUACUCCGCUCAUUAUUCUCAGUGCAACAAUAACAAUAUUCAUUUUAAAUCACAAUGAAGUGCUGUAAAAAAAUGUAUCGGCGAAGCGAUUAUGAUUCAGAUUCUGAAUCAGGGCCUGGAUAUUAUAAACCCCAAGAAAAAGCCAAGCGUUCGUGUAUGUGUAAAGUUUUAAUUUGGACCACUGCUAUUCUUGUUUUUUAUUUUUGUAGUUUUUCAUUAUUGCUGUUGGCCUUCCUCGUCAUAUGGGUUAUAUUUCCGUUGGUUUUCAUGAACACCAUCAGCCUACAGAGAACUCUCAUGUUUCCGAACUUUGAUCAACCAGAAAACCCUCAAUACGAAUCAUAUAAAUUGUAUGGCGCGAAAGGAGUGAAAAACAGAUACAUAACAGUCAAAGAUUUGUAUAAUGAAACCGAUGGAGUGUCACUUGGUGUGUGGCAAGUUUUACCUGCAGACCGUAUCAAUGCUACCGAUUUCGAUUCUGAACUUCGCAACAGCGAAAAGCCGAUUUGUAUUUACUUCCAUGGUAACAGUGGUACGCGCAUCUAUCCAUAUCCGAUGUAUCAGAAACUUCGAGAGUUCUUCCAUGUCCUUGCUGUUGAUUAUCGCAGCUACGGAGACUCCACGGAAGCGUUACUAACUGAAAAGGCAGUUGUCAAUGACUUGGUGCAGUUUUAUUACAAAGUGCUCGAGCUUACAAACCAAAGAGAAGUGUUCUUUUGGGCACAUUCGUUGGGCACGGCCCUGUCAACACACACAUUACGUAAAAUCACUGAGGGACACAGUAGUGCUCCUGAUAGACGACUUCCGAGGGCGCUGAUGCUUGAAGCGCCAUUCACCACCAUGAGAGAGGAGAUUGAAUAUCAUCCAAUUGGAAAGUUAUUUGCAUGGUUACCAUGGUUUGAUGCGACAAUCCGUGACCCGCUUGAAGAAAAUGGCUUCCACUUUUGGACAACCACGAAUAUCCUGAGUGUAAAUUGUCCAAUUAUGAUCGUCCACGCAAAGGACGACAGCAUCAUUCCAUACACAUUAGGAGAAAAACUAGCGCGCAUAGCAAUGACAGAGAGAGAUCCAGUGAAGCAAGGCGAGGUCACCAUACAUAUCAUUCCCGAAAGUGCUCGCUGUGACCACAUGGAUAUCAAUAAAUAUAUCGAGCUUCCAAAGUUUAUUUCAAACUUUUUGAAGGACGUUGAUGAAUGGUACAACAAGCGUACCGGCCUUAAAACGUAGGGUGAGGGGAGUUGGUGGUCCUAAAAGCGUACGACUGUGUUAUUUAUUUACCAAUCACUAAGUACUGAGUACAAAUAUGUUUUUAUAUAAAGUUAUUGAAAAUAUAUAGUAAUAAUUUA